AAUAAACAAUCCCGCCGUUGCCGCUGCCUCCGGGACCUUUCAGCGCCUGACGGAAGGCCCCCAUUCCCCCCCUCCCUCCCACGGCUCUCCUUUAGCCUCUUCUCCCCCGCCGGGCUCGCUUGACCCCUUUAAGAGAAGCACAAGCGCCCUCCCCCUUUCCUCCCUUGUCCUCCUUCGUUCCCGGAACUCCGGCAGUGACAGCGGCGGCCGUGGGACGGCUGCUGCGCCCGCUCCCCGCCUGCCUCCCAUGGUGCGGCGGUGGCCGGCAGCGGCCGUGCCUUCUGAGGCGGCCUCGCUGCUGCUUCUGCUGCUGCUGUAGCAGCCGUCGCCGCCAUGAACAGUGGCGGCCUCCCCUGCUCCUCUCCGGUGGCCCCCGCCGCGGCGGUAGUAGGGCCGCCCCCCGGGCCGGGAGUUCCGGCGUCGGUGGCGUCGGUCCCCGGCGGGCUGAAGCUCAAGUUCUGCCGCUACUACGCCAAGGACAAGACGUGCUUUUACGGCGAGGAAUGCCAGUUCCUGCACGAGGAGCCCGGCGGAGCUUCCGCCGCCUGUCCCGGCCCUCCGCCGCCGGUCGCCCUCGGUGGGCUUCCGCUUGGGCUCCCUCCUGGCCCCGCUGCUCCUUCCGUCGCCGUGGCCGCCUCGCCGGGGCACGGCGGUAGCGCUGGCUACCCGGGACACGGGGUAGCGGCGCCUGGAGCGGGGCCUAAGAAACCCCCCGAGCUGCUGGGAGGAGGAGCAGGCGGCGGCGGGGGGCUGGACGGACCCCGGCUGGCCAUUCCGGGUAUAGAUGGGAGUGCCCUGGCUGAAGCUAGUCUUACAGACUCCUAUUUCAGCACCAGUUUUGUUGGAGUCAAUGGGUUUGGAAGUCCUGCAGAAUCAAAGUAUCCUAUGAUGCAGAGGAUGACAAAUAGCAGCAGUUCACCUAGCCUUCUUAAUGACAGUGCCAAGCCAUAUGCAGGCCAUGAUCCUCUUACUUCACCUAGUUCAUCCUUGUUUAAUGAUUUUGCUGCCCUCAGCUUAUCUCAAAGAAGAAAACCAAGAAAGUAUCGACUGGGGAUGCUGGAAGAGAGGAUAGUUCCGGUGGGAUCAAAGGCACGGAAAUCAAAGAACACUAUUGGCUGCUUGGCUGACAGGUGUAAAACAGGAGUACCCAUCAAUAUGGUUUGGUGGAACAGAGUCACAGAAAACAAUUUACAGACGCCAAAUCCCACUGCAAGUGAGUUUAUUCCUAAAGGAGGAUCAAACUCCCGACUUGGUAAUAUGUCACACUCAAAUAUAUCUGCCUUCUCUCAAGCCUUGUUCUCUCAUCCUUCCAUGGGAAAUCCUGCAAAUCCUGGGUUAGCUCCAGGAAUGUCACUGUCAGCAGGAUCUUCACCCCUUCAUUCUCCUAAAAUCACGCCUCACACAUCUCCUGCUCCUAGACGAAGAAGUCACACUCCCAACCCAGCAAAUUAUAUGGUGCCUACUAGUGCCUCUACACCAGUUACAAAUGCUGUCUCGCAGCCCCCCACAACUGGCCAAGUGAUUCAGAAAGAAACUGUGGGUGGAACAACCUAUUUCUAUACUGACACAACUCCAGCACCUCUAACUGGAAUGGUAUUCCCAAAUUAUCACAUUUACCCUCCAACCGCACCUCAUGUUGCUUAUAUGCAACCAAAAGCUAAUGCACCUUCCUUCUUCAUGGCUGAUGAACUCAGACAGGAGCUGAUCAACAGACACUUAAUUACAAUGGCUCAGAUAGAUCAAGCAGAUAUGCCUGCUGUCCCAACAGAAGUUGACAGCUACCACAGCCUUUUCCCUUUAGAACCACUGCCACCACCCAAUCGGAUACAGAAAACAAGCAACUUUGGGUACAUAACAUCAUGCUACAAAGCUGUAAAUAGCAAAGAUGAUCUGCCAUAUUGCCUUCGGAGGAUACAUGGUUUUCGUCUUGUUAAUACAAAAUGCAUGGUAUUAGUUGACAUGUGGAAAAAAAUCCAGCAUUCAAAUAUCAUAACAUUGCGAGAAGUAUUCACCACUAAAGCAUUUGGAGAGCAUUCUCUUGUGUUUGCAUAUGAUUUCCAUGCUGGAGGAGAGACUAUGAUGAGCAGGCAUUUCAAUGAUCCCAGUGCUGAUGGCUACUUCACAAAACGGAAGUGGGGUCAGCAUGAUGGACCUCUGCCCCGACAACAUGCAGGGUUGCUGCCCGAGUCCCUGAUUUGGGCCUACAUUGUGCAGCUUAGCUCGGCAUUGCGGACUAUUCAUACAGCAGGAUUGGCCUGUCGAGUAAUGGAUCCCACAAAGAUUCUAGUGACAGGCAAAACAAGGUUGAGAGUGAAUUGCGUUGGCGUCUUUGAUGUAUUAACAUUUGAUAACAGCCAAAAUAAUCCUUUGGCUCUAAUGGCCCAAUAUCAGCAAGCAGAUUUGAUCUCUCUUGGGAAGGUUGUGCUGGCUUUGGCUUGCAAUUCUUUGGCAGGAAUUCAGAGAGAGAAUUUGCAGAAAGCAAUGGAACUGGUGACAAUCAACUAUUCCUCUGAUUUGAAGAAUCUUAUUUUAUAUUUGCUGACUGACCAAAACAGGCUUCGAAGUGUAAAUGAUAUAAUGCCUAUGAUUGGUGCAAGAUUCUAUACUCAGUUGGAUGCUGCCCAAAUGAGGAACGAUGUUAUAGAAGAGGAUCUUGCAAAGGAAGUUCAGAAUGGAAGAUUAUUUCGUCUUCUUGCAAAAUUGGGAACAAUCAAUGAAAGACCAGAGUUCCAGAAGGAUCCAACAUGGUCGGAAACUGGAGACAGGUAUCUCCUGAAGCUUUUUAGGGAUCAUCUUUUCCAUCAGGUGACAGAAGCGGGUACUCCUUGGAUUGAUCUCAGUCACAUUAUCUCUUGUCUUAACAAGUUAGAUGCUGGUGUGCCAGAAAAAAUAAGCCUCAUUUCCAGAGAUGAGAAGAGUGUCCUUGUGGUGGCAUACAGCGACCUAAAACGCUGCUUUGAAAAUACUUUUCAGGAACUGAUUGCAGCCACAAACGGCCAGUUGUAGUGUUUGCAGACAAGCAUGCAGGACAUUGCUGAGGAACAGAACCAAGCGCAAAUUGCACUACAACAGAUUGUCAUCAUCUCAUUUCAUAUUUUGGGAAACAAAACACCAUGAGAUGGUGCAACUUUGGUCAGGUACACUGUUACUUGAAGGGAAGAAUGUUUUUGCUUACCCUGGAGCUCUGGCUGCCAUUGGAGGCUUUAUCUGUGAAGAAUUUAUUUUAAAGGAGCACAUCAAGAGCAUGAUGCUCCUGCUUUUAUUUUUUUUCCACUUGUAUAUGCACUAAUUUUAAUUUUUAAAGACUUUCUGAUCCCUGAUAUUUUGCCACAUUGGAUCUUACUAAGGGAAUCUCUUUGCAAAGACAUUUCUGGGAUAUUUUUUUUUUUUUUGCCACUGAAUAUACUGCAAUCUAUUGGUUUUGAUAUUAUUUGCACUCCAAAUACUAUAAAGGACCAGGUAAAUAAUUUCAUAGAAAUUGUGUUCUGUAAAUUACAGUGUAGCUUGUAACCUCUGUAAAACUGUAUAAGAUGCCAUCCACUGUUUGAUUAAUUAAUCAAACGAGAAGAUGAGUAUUUAAAGACAAAAAAAUCAAGUAAAAUAUCUCAGAAACAUCAUAUACAAAAUCCCUUUUAUUUGGCUGAAGCUUUGUCAAAGCGAAACAGCACCAUUUUGAGUUGUGUACUGUACUUUCUGGGGUAAGCCCAAUUUGUUCUAAACACAACCAGCGCCUUUUAAAUAAAAUACCUGUUUCUAUA